AUGACUUCUCUUGACGACCUCGCCUCUCACUCUCCCAGCUUACAAGAGCAAAAGCUCACAGCCGACUCUGAUGAUGGCGAUACUGCCUCUCAAAGAUCAAUUUCUCUUUCGUCGCCAGCAGUUUCUGCUCGAAAUUCGUUUCAUGAUGUCGAUGAUCCUUUGAGCUCGGAUACCUUGUCAAAGCGAGAGUCCAGGCCCUACACGCUCGACACUGACUUCAGUUCUGACGCCGAUGACAUGAGCUAUGCAUCUCACGACAUGGUCCAGCAUGAAUCUCCAAAUACCAGUGCCUCUGGCUCUAUCCUCGAUGAACCCAAAGCACCUAGUCCAAUGCUCUCUCCGCCGACAUAUCCCCCGCGACGACACAGCGACGUAGAGUCCAUUGCCGAAUCCUUCGCUUCAGGGUCUUCAAAGAAAGCGAGACCAGAGUCAAUUUUGCUCCAACCUCCUCCUGGAAAACUCGUUUUGGGAAUAGCAUUGGUGGAUUUCAAUCACUUGGUUGGUCCAAGAAUUGAAUGGUCAAAAGGUGAAAUUUUCGAGAACGAGGAAAUUGUCAAGAUGGUACCGUUUCUCGCUUUGCCAGACGGUGCACAUCUCAGUGCUGAAGACUACUCAUACUUCCAUAUUGUUCCCUCAGGGCCGAAUCCCACCACUGUAUUCGGCAUAUCAUGUAACCAACAGAUCGCUGCUUCAGCGUUGUUAGUCAAGACGCCAGAUGUAACACGUUCAACCGUCCAAAAGGCUGUUGUUGUACUAGCCUCAAAGCCAGUAUUUGGUCCGAUCAAGGAUAAACUAGGCGUGGUCACGACUGCUCUAUUUCAGCAGAGAGACUUCUCUGAAGUACAAAUACUUGAUGAUUUCGAGUCUGGAUUGGAGCUCUCACUCCGAACGCAAAUGACUGAGAGUGGAUUAUAUAUGGGAACUAGUCUACGAGAACUGGUACACACCUUCCGUCAGCGCACUCUGAUCCUUGUCAAGGCCCUCAUUCUCCAGAAACGGAUCAUGUUCUACGGACACCCUGUUGAACGCUUAUGCACUUAUCAAUAUUCACUUAUUUCUCUGCUUCCCGGUCUGUUGCAGACACUUGACGAUUGUGGUUCUCCGCCUCUUGCUUCCCGAGCACCUACUCUCGUGCGCCCUACAUCUCUGCGUACCUCUGACCGCAAGAGUCUCAUGACGUACACUGGACUUCCUCUCGAUAUAUUUGGCAGAGAUGCUUUCUUUCAACCUUACCUUCCGCUGCAGCAACUGGAUAUGUUGAAGGAGACAAAGAGUUGGUUGUGUGGAAGCACAAACUCAAUAGUAACACACCAGAAGGAGAUUGAUCUACUUGUUAAUAUCGAGACUGGCGCGUUUGAAUUUCGAGACCAGAACCUCGAGCGAUCUGCAGGUUUGACUGCAGCGGACCGCAAAUGGAUGGACGAUAUCGUUAAGGACGUCAACGAGACCUGGUUUGAAGAAAAUCAACCCCGUCUACAGGGCAUGGUAUUCAAAGGAAGUGAUGAUUACUUGAGAGUCAAGUUUGACGAAUAUAUCUCUGCUGCUUUGGCGUCCGUUCGAUAUCGCGACUUUCUAAUUAAAGGAGAAGGCGUUUUGAUUACGGCUCGCAUAGAACCAACCUCUACAGAAGAUUUUAAUCACCUUUGGAUGUCUGAAUUCAAAAACACAAAUGCAUAUGAGGUCUGGGAACGUACAACUGAUCCCAUGUUAUUUGACAUCGUAGAGCCUCGGCACCCUUGUAAUGAGAAGGUCUCUGUUGUUGCCGACAUUGGAUUACGAUUGUCAGAAGGUAUUCAAGAACUCAAAAUAGAGCAACAACUUGCACCGGCCCGCGAAGCCGUCACACGGACUUUCACCGCUGGCUCGUUGAGUUUUUUCAAGGCCGUAGAGGGCGUACGAGAUCGUUGGCAGCGUAGUGCUCCCACAACUCCGUCAACUGCAGCUCCCACCACGCCUAUCCCUGCUACACCAUCGAACCACAGUGACAUGACAACCUCAGAAGAACCGGAACUAGUGACCAAACCCGACCCGGACAGUUCUCUUUCAAACUCAGCCUCUUCCUCAACGAGUAGCUUCAUGCAGCCCACCUUAUUAAAACAUACUAGCAUCGAUUCUAUUGCUUCAAGGUCAUCAGCCUCCACUGACACUUCGUCUGGAUCAUCUUCUCCUGCGCGCUUGACCUCCUGGGGAGCCGGAAUUGGUAGUUUCAUGUCGAGUCGAGUGGGAAGAUUCUCAUUAUCGAAAUCGCCUUCUGCGACCCCGGCACCUCCACCUGCAGCUUUACCAUUGCCAACACCCCCCAUUCCACCUUCGACGUUGAUCGCUCCUGACAUUACGCCCGUGUUUAUUGAACCACUUACACCAAGACGCGCAGUCACCAGUCCCCAAAUUGUAGACCCAGUUGAUAUUGAUAGAGCCCCAAUGUCUCCAAUUGACUCAUUACUGCACACCCUGGACGCGCCGCCGCAACCUGUUCGUGAUAAAGAAGAGCAUUCGGGUCACGUUCUUGAUGACAAUGAAGAUGAGUCUGAAGAGGGCUAUUCUGCGGUGGCGAUGGCAAUGUAA